CAGCACCGAACGGCGCCGAACACACUGCACCCUCAGGCUCAUCGCAUUUUUCACCGAGGACUCCUAUGAGGGUUCAUGGAAGCUUGCCACCCUGAACCGACCCUUUCCUUAGCGCCGCAGCCGGAUGACGGCCUAUGUCUCCCCCGAGCCAAACUCCGCAACUCGAUGCAGCCCCGGACAACCCCCAGGAGCAGAAGCUGGAUGGACUCGAGAACAAAGUAGCUGAAGCAGCGUUAUCCCCGACCGAAUCGGCGCCAGAGGUCGCACCUCCACCGGACAGCACAGAGAAACACGAGGGGGAUCACAAGCCGGCGGGGCAGGCAGGCAGACCUCAGGAUGAGAGGCUAAAACCGGAAUCGACUGAAGAAAAGGCACGGAAUGAGAUAGACACCGUCGAAGAGAUGACAGAGGAGCCAGCACGGACAAUGCUAUCCUCGACGCCGCCGCCCGACUCGACCUCUACAGCUGCUGGAAAAGCACCCGUCCGCUCUCCCUCGCCGCCUCCCCCACCGCCGAAAGACGACAAGUAUCUGUCCUCCAGCAACGUCCCCAGCCGCACCACGUCGCCCGUAUCACAAACCAAGUCAAGUGGGAGGAACUCGGAAGAUGCAGAGGCAGCCGAAUAUGCCUCAAAGUACGAAGGCGGGGAGGACAUUGCAGACGACUCGCGGUCGGAGAUACAGAGCAUAAUGGAGCAGUUCGAACACGGCCACGGCGGCCCCGGCGCGGACGAGAUCAUGUCUCCCCGUCUGGAGAUGGCUGCUCCUCUGCUAGAGUCCCCCAUAACGCAUCCCCCUCGCCGGUCAAGCCUGGUGCCCCUCGACAAGCCUCUGCCUACACCAACCGAGGGCGCGGCGCCCGAGCAACCCUUGCAAUCACCGCCGCCACCGCGGACAUCCUCCCUCUACAGAGUUGGGACUAAUACGUCGCUCAACGAAGCCAUGUCACCCACCGGGCAUGCUCCACACUACAAACCAGCUCUCCCCGCGCCGGACCCCGAGCCCGACCUCCCAUUUGAUUUUCAUCGCUUCCUUGAGCAACUUCGUCAUCGGACUGCCGAUCCCGUUGCCAAAUUCUUGCGAUCGUUCCUCCUCGAGUUCGGAAAGAAGCAGUGGAUGGUGCAUGAGCAGGUUAAGAUAAUAGGAGACUUUCUGGAGUUCAUCAGCAAGAAAAUGGCGCAAUGUGAGGUGUGGCGGACCGUGUCGGACGCCGAGUUUGAUAACGCGAGAGAAGGCAUGGAGAAGCUAGUCAUGAACAGGCUGUAUACACAGACCUUUUCGCCAGCGAUUCCCCCACCAGAUCCCGCGCAGCAUACGAAGGGGAGGCGGAGACAGGAAACGCUGGGGCCUGGUCGAAGAGGCCAGCAUCAGGAGGAUGUGGAACGAGACGAGGUCCUUGCGCAGAAGGUCCGAAUAUAUAAAUGGGUCAAGGAAGAACAUCUGGACAUCAAAACGGUCGGAGACAAGGGCAGGAAGUUUCUGCAUCUGGCUCAGCAGGAACUGCUCAAGAUUAAGAGCUACCGGGCGCCCAGGGACAAGGUCAUUUGCAUCCUAAACUGCUGCAAAGUCAUAUUUGGCUUCCUGCGGACAUCGCAGUCGGACCAGUCCGCCGACGCCUUCGUUCCACUCUUGAUCUACACCGUACUCCAAGCAAACCCUGAUCACCUCGUCUCCAACGUCCAGUACAUUCUGCGCUUCCGCAACCAGGAUAAGCUUGGCGGUGAAACCGGCUAUUACAUCUCAUCCCUCAUGGGCGCCAUCCAGUUCAUCGAAGGGCUCGACAGGACCUCGCUCACCGUGACCGACGAAGAGUUCGAGAAGAACGUUGAGGCGGCCGUGUCUGCCAUCGCUGAACGCCACGAGCCGGAGCCCACACCGCAGCUGCGCCUUCAAACCAAUCCCCCAACCACACCCGGGCAUCGCCGCAUGCCAUCGCCACACCUGCAUCUCUCAGAGAAGUCAUCCCUUGCCCGGCCCGAAGUCACGCCCCGCAACUCGCUAGAGGCCGAACGAGCAGGCCCGCGGCGCUCAACCAGCCUACGCAACGGCAAGAGCGAGGCAGAGCAGCCAGAGGAAGAAAACGCCGCCGUGGUAGGCCUACUGCGCACGAUACAGCGCCCCCUCAGCACCAUCGGCCGCAUCUUCUCCGAUAACGACACAAACACCUCUUCGUCCGCUCAUCCCGUUGCCACACCCCAGCCUGGCAACACCCCACGCUUAACACCGCAACCGCCGCCGCCACUAGGCCGUAGAUCCUCCGACUACCCCGGCAACGCACCGCCAGAGCAGCUCAACGAAAAGCAGCGGCGCACCGCAGAAGAAGAGCGGUACCGGCAGCGUCUCUCCGCCGAGGACGCCGCCGCCCGCCAGGCCUCCGCCGAGGCAGAAGAAGCGCGCCGCAUACAGCGCCAGGAACACGCCGUAGUCGUCGAGACGCUCGCGGGCAUGUUUCCGCAGCUCGAUCGCGAUGUCAUUGACGAUGUCGUGCGGUUGAAGGAGGGCCGGGUCGGGCUGGCGGUCGAUGCGUGUUUGGCGCUGGCGAAUCCUUAGUUAAGUAGGAGCACCCGCGUUGGUGGUUUUAAUGGAAGGGAGGGAGGGUUCUGUUCUUUUACAGUAUGUUGGGCCGCUCCUGCUGUUCGAAUGAAGCAUAUUUGGGGCGUAGUGUGCGUGCGUUUUCUGAAUGCGCACUUGGAGCGUGGCUUGUGUCUGUGUGUAUCCAUGAUUUGCAUUGCGUUCUGGUGCUCCGGCGGCGGCUGGCUGGCUAGCCGGCUGGUUGGCGGGUGGUUAUGUACAGACUAAUAUCUAUGUCAAGGACGCCAGGAGGAGCGUCGUAGGCGACGAUGAAGGUUAUUUCCAAAC